AUGUCUACAAUCUCGAGCGCCAUCGUCAAGGAUCAUCGCGAACUCAAGGAAUACUACGAUGAGGUCAUUAACAACCCCAACAAUCAUGACCAUCAGCAGCGAUACGGUAACCAGUUCACUUGGGAGUUAGCUCGCCACUCGGUCGGCGAGGAACUCGUUGUCUAUCCCGCACUUGAGAAGUAUCUUGGCGAUCGUGGCAAAAAGAUGGCGGAUGAGGACCGCGAGGAACACCACCAGGUCAAGGAAAUGCUCAAGGUGUUUCAAAACAUGUCAUCCUCGGACAAGGAAUACAUUCCUCAGUUGAAGAAGAUUUGGUCGACGCUUGAUGAACACAUCAAGGAGGAGGAAGAGCGCGAUUUGCCAGCGCUCGAGGAGAAGCUUCAGCAAGCUCAUGGCGAGUCCAACUCAAUGGCCACUUCUUUUGGUCGUACAAAGGCAUUUGUUCCGUCGCGCAGUCACCCAAGCGCUGGCGAGAAGCCGCCGUUUGAAACCGUCAUGGGUCUUUUGACAGCGCCAAUCGACCACAUUGCCGACAUUUUCAGAAAGUUUCCUGAUCAGACUAUUUCGCCUAACCCAUCCACAAAAUAG